GGCAGUUGUGUAUUCAAACGCUCGUGCUGUGCUUAGAAACCUGUUUCCUCGGCUCAAUUCGUAAAAAACACUCGAGCGUGGCGCACGGUGCAAUUCCUCCGACUGAUCUUAAUCGUAGAAGCAGCAGCGGCACUCACACACGCACGCCCGACCGCCACCCUGCAAUAACAAAUACACUGCCGACGUCGCUGCAGCAGAGCUUAAAAACAGAAACUAAAAAACAAGUGUUGUUGGUGCACCCACAGUCGUUGUUGUUGUUCGCCAUGCUGAAAGCGCUGCUGCUGGCGCUGCUUUGCGCCGCGAGCGCAGCUGCCGCCGCCGACCUGGCGGACAAAUUGCGCGAUGACUCGGAACUCUCUCAGUUCUACAGCCUGCUGGAGAGCAAUCCCAUUGCCAACUCGACGCUUUCGCUGCGCAGCUGCACGAUCUUUGUGCCCACCAAUGAAGCCUUCCAGCGCUACAAGAGCAAAACCGCCCAUGUGCUCUAUCACAUUAGCACGGAGGCGUUCACCCAGAAACGACUGCCCAGUUACGUGUCAUCGGACAUGGACGGCAAUCCACCGCUGUACAUCACAAAGAACUCCAAUGGUGACAUCUUUGUGAACAAUGCCCGGAUCAUCCCCUCGCUCAGUGUGGAGACCAACAACAACGGCAAGCGGCAGAUCAUGCACAUCAUCGACGAGGUGCUGGAGCCGCUCACCGUGAAGCCUGGCCAUUCGGAUGUCAGCAACAAUCCGGAUGCCCUCAACUUCCUGAAGAGCGCCGAGGAGUUCAACGUGGACAACAUCGGUGUGCGCACCUACCGCAGCCAGGUGACAUUGGGCAAGAAGGAGUCCGUUUUCGAAGCGGCCGGACAGCACACCUUCCUCGUUCCCGUGGAUGAGGGUUUCAAGCUCUCGGCUCGCAGCAGCCUGGUGGAUGCCAAGGUCAUUGAUGGCCAUGUGAUACCCAACACUGUCAUCUUCACUGCCGCCGCUCAGCACGACGAUCCCAAGACUUCCGCCGCCUUCGAGGAUCUCCUCAAGGUCACCGUCAGCUUCUUUAAGCAAAAGAAUGGCAAAAUGUAUGUCAAGUCCAAUACCAUUGUGGGAGAUGCCAAGCACCGUGAGGGCGUAGUUCUGGCUGAGAUCGUCAAGGCCAACAUUCCAGUUCGCAACGGAGUCGUCCAUCUGAUUCACCGUCCGCUAAUGAUCAUCGAUACGACGGUCACACAAUUCCUGCAGUCGUUCAAGUUCAUGAACGAGAAUGCUGAGAACGGAGCUCUGCGAAAGUUUUACGAGGUUAUCAUGGAUAAUGGAGGUGCAGUCCUGGAUGACAUCAACAAUUUGUCGGAGGUGACCAUUUUGGCGCCCAGCAAUGAGGCUUGGAACUCCUCCAAUAUCAACAAUAUUCUGCGAGACCGGAAUAAGAUGAGGCAGAUUCUGAACAUGCACAUUAUCAAGGACCGCUUGAAUGUUGAGAAGAUCCGACAGAAGAAUGCCAAUUUGAUUGCCCAAGUGCCCACUGUCAACAACAACACCUUCCUGUACUUCAAUGUCCGCGGCGAGGGAUCAGAUGCGGUGAUCACCGUCGAAGGUGGCGGCGUCAAUGCUACCGUUAUCCAGGCUGAUGUGGCCCAGACCAAUGGCUUUGUCCACAUUAUCGAUCAUGUCCUCGGAGUGCCAUACACCACUCUGCUGGGCAAACUGGAGUCCGAUCCCAUGAUGAGCGAUACCUAUAAGAUGGGUCAGUUCUCGCACUUCAACGACCAACUGAACAACACCCAGCGGCGCUUCACCUACUUCGUGCCCCGGGACAAGGGCUGGCAGAAGACCGAGCUGGACUAUCCAUCGGCACACAAGAAACUGUUCAUGCAAGAUUUUGCCUAUCAUUCCAAGUCCAUUCUGGAGCGUCAUUUGGCCAUUUCGGACACCCCGUUCACCAUGAAGGAUCUUGUGAAAAUUUCGCAGGAGUCUGGCAGCGUCAUUCUACCCACAUUCCGUGACUCCCUCAAUAUACGCGUGGAGGAGGAGGCUGGACGCUAUGUGAUCAUCUGGAACUACAAGAAGAUCAACGUGUAUCGGCCGGAUGUGGAGUGCACCAAUGGGAUCAUCCACGUCAUCGAUUACCCGCUCCUGGAGGAGAAGGAUGUGGUCGUGGCCGGAGGUUAGACAUUGUAACUAGUGUUAACCGGCAAAGGCGAACACUGAAAUGUACUAUCCCCCAAAAGUAACUAUCAGCCUACCAGUACACACUCUCACCAGUCUCAACUAUCACCACCUAAGACACUUAGGAAACUCAAACUCUGUCGCAAAAGACAUCCCAAAAGCUGGGGCAGUCGCUUCACGUAGUUGCUAGUUCCCGAUCCCAUCCGAUCGAAACAUUCCGGCAGUCUUUAUCUUUAGUAGGUGGUUUAGUUUAGUUUCGUUCGGUGCAGUGCUGAGUGAGAAUGUGCGAGAACGAGAAAAUUAAGAUGAAUAUAUAGAGAAUACGCUAAUGAAAUGACACGAAAGCUUUAAGGAGUCGCUGGAAGAGUGCGGAUCGGAGAUGUAGGAUGGAGAGGAACCGCAUUGCAAUCGCAAUUUGUGUCGUAGUCAGUAGUUACACGUUAAGCGGCGUCUUAACGUGUAACUAGUGCCUUACUAAAGAUAAACGCAUUACCUUAACCUUUAUACAAAUUUACUCGAAACAACUUGUGCCCCGAAUCGAAUAAAGAAUGAACCCAAGUACAUACGUUCCGCUUCAAGAGCCAUCCAUGGAUGGACACCCAACAAUACAAGUAUAAUAAUAAUAUUAACUACAAAAUGAUAUUGCGCCACACGCUAUUUACACCAAAAUACACCAAACAAAUCGAGAAAUGCAUAUUUUUCAUAUAUUUAAUUGUCGGAAUAAUAUAUAACGUAUAUGUAGUUUAUUUACUGUAAAACUCAGAGUCAACAAAAUGGAAAUUAAAUCACAUAUAUCCAUGUAUAUUUAGCAAUUGAUUUUCGAUGCAACGCGUCAGACACGCGAAUAUAUGAAUAAAUCUAUAUACAUUAUGCGAAACCAAGCAAAAACUAUGCGAAACUGCAGUGCAAAAGAAUAUUAUUCCAUUUUAUUUUACGACAAGCGCUUUUUACAAAUAAACCGAAGCCCAAUUCAAUUACUCGUAAAUGAACAGCAAGAUUAUAUUUAGCAUUAGUUAAACUAAUUAAUACGUGUACUAGAAAACCGAAUGUCAACCGAGAAUCUUCAGCAUGCUUGAGCGAAUAAUAAAACUUGAAAAAUAACUAUAA